UCAUUCUGAACUUGAUGACAGCACUGACAAUGGACUGGACUUUUGCAUUGUACAUUUUCCUGAUUUCUGUAUCUCAGUUAGUGUUGGCUUUCAACAUUGAUACAAAUCCAUGGAAAAAUUUCACCCAACCCCAAAGCAUAGCCUUCGGCUACAAAGUGAUACAGAAAGAUUCUAUGAGUGUGAUUGUGAGUGAUCCCUUAAUCCAAAGUCAGAAUCAAAGAGGGAGAUUGUACAGCUGUACUGUUAGCAGCGAAAGCUGUUCACCAAUACGAAUCAAUGUGCCCUCUGAGGCUAUCAACAUGUCACUUGGACUGUCAGUGACUAAAGAUCCCACAACUUCAAACUUAGCGGUCUGUGGCCCAACCAUUCCCAAGCAGUGUAAGCAAUUUACUGCAUACUAUGGCAUGUGUUUUAUUCUGAAUUCCAACAAUAAGCCAUCAGAACCUAUUCCACGCACUUUGAGAGAUUGCCCGAAAACUGACAUUGCAUUCUUGUUGGAUGGCUCUGGAAGUGUAAACUGGCAUGAUUUUAUUACAAUGAAGAACUUUGUUAUAAGCAUGAUUAACGAAUUCAAAGACAGAGACUUUCAGUUUGCAGUUGCACAAUAUUCUGAUAUCUGUGAAAUACACAUAAAAUUCAACACGUUUUCAAGCACUGAUCAAAUAAGCAUAAUUAAACAAUUCCGUUCUUGGACCUUCACAGCCACUGCAAUCAAAAAAGUUGUGGAUGAAUUAUUUACCCCUCAGGCAGGGGCCAGGGACAGUGCCAACAGAGUGUUGGUGGUCAUCACUGAUGGUCAGUCAAAUGAUCGACAAAAGCUGCCUUCUGCUGCUGAUGAAGCAGACAGAAAGAAAAUUAUUCGCUAUGCUAUAGGGGUUGGAAGGGCCUUUAACAUUAAAGAAGCAGAAGACGAGUUGAAAACUAUUGCAUCGGAUCCAGACGAUACACAUGUAUUUAAAGUGGAUGACUUUUCUGUAUUAAAGAAAAUUCAAAAAACACUGGAAGAGAAUAUCAUUGCAAUUGAGGGAACUCAGGCUACAGGAGACGCCACUAGAAUGGAAUUUGCACAGGAUGGCUUCAGUGCAGACUUUGUUUCAAAUGAUGCCAUGAUAAUGAGUGCAGUUGGAGCAUUUCAGUGGAAAGGUGGUUAUCAGAAGUACAAUACACAAGGGAUAGCUCAAAACUCCUUUCAUAAGGGCAACAGUAAUGAAAGUUAUUUAGGUUAUUCCAUGGCCGUAGCAAAAACAGUCAAUAAUCAAUUCAUCAUUCAGGGGGCACCAAGAGACAACCACAUGGGGGCAGUGAUCAUAUCUGACAAUACAGACAGUGUAAUUCAGACACUGUUUCCUCCUGAGCGUCAGAUCGGUUCCUAUUAUGGUGCUGAGUUAUGUGUGGUGGACUUGAAUUCGGACAAGUCUGCAGACCUCCUACUUGUUUCUGCUCCACUGCAUAAUGAGGGGGAUCAGGAAGGAAAAGUCUUCAUCUACACCUUUCCAGAAUUGUAUGGGUCCCAGGUACAACACCUAAGGUCAGUGAAAGGAAUCCCAGGACAAAGGGGGAGGUUUGGCCUGACGUUGGCAAGCCCUGCGGAUUUAAAUGGAGACAGUCUGGUGGAUGUAGUGGUAGGAGCACCUCUAGAAGAGAAUAACCAGGGAAGCAUCUACAUCUUUAAUGGGAGAAAUGGAGACAUUGCCCCCACCUUCUCUCAGAGAAUCACAGGCUCGUCUGUAAGCAGUGGACUGCAAUUUUUUGGUAUUUCUCUGAGUCAGUCUGCUUUGGACCAUAGUAACGACCAACUGCCAGAUCUUGCUGUCGGUUCCAAAGGAGCAGUCUUGCUUUUAAGAUCUAGACCCAUUGUGGAUUUGCAGACCACAGUAAGUUUCUUACCAUCCAAAAUCCCCAUCAAAGACUCUGACUGCAGCAGUCCUUUGCAAAACAUCAUAACAUUGUGUUUCACAAUGACAACAAAGACUGGCAUCACAGGUUUGUCUGCCAAGUUAAACUAUUCAUUAAAGCUUGAUGCCAAACGACAAAGCUACCGGGCCUUCUUUUCAGAGAAAAACCGUCUUCUAUCUAACACGAUAGAUGUGUCCCUAAAUGUGAAGUGCAUUAAACAUGAAUUUAAUAUAGAGGCUUGCCCUAAUGAUGCACUUAACCCAAUAAUUAAUGAGUUAGUGUAUACAUUUGAGGGUCUCCCUAGUAAUCAACUGAACAAUUUACGACCGAUGCUACCUCCUAAUACAAGGAAUACCACAGAUUAUAACCUGGGUUUUGAAAUAAAGUGUGGAGAUGAUAACAUCUGCACUGAUAAUCUCAGAGUGGAUUUUAACUUUUCUGGACACUCAGUCAUACAAGUUGGAAUAAUGCAAGAAAUGAAUGUAACUGUCUUCAUAGAGAACAGAGGGGAAAAUUCCUACAACACUCGUGUAAUUCUCAAGUACCCUUUUGGACUGUCUUUUAGGAGAUCCACCACUAAAGAGGGCAGAGUGGAGUGUGUAUCUGUGGACAGUGAUGAAAGAUCUAAACUGGGGGACACUAUUUGUUACAUCAGUAAGCCCAUCUUCAAGAGUAAUGGUUUGGCUACCUUUGAUGUUACAUAUAGCAUAAACAAAGACAGUAACUUUGACAGGAUGGUAAUGUUCACUGCAAAUGCUUCCAGUGACAAUGACGAACAUUCACCUGCCCAGGAACUGUUCAGACAAAAAAGCAUUGAUGUUAAAUAUGCCAUCUACGUUGCAAUGAUCAGGCAUGAGAAUUCCACUAUCCACAUUAACUUUACUGCAGGAAAAAAUGACCUUCAGAAACCAGUCCACCAAAUAUUCAAGGUGGAGAACGACCUCAGAGAUUUGAGCGUCGACAUUUUCAUCAGAGUACCCAUAAAAUUAGGAGUUAAAGACAUCUGGACCAGUAACAGCAUGCAGAUUGAAGACUGCGUUGUAGAGAUCCCUAAUGAGCAGCCCAAAAUCCCAGAUUUUGUGGCAGCGCUGAAAAAACAGCCAGAGGUGAAUUGCUCCGUAGCUGUGUGCAGAGUGUUUAAAUGUGUUGCAAGGCUCAGUAAAAAACAAACCAAAUACUACAACAUCUCAGGUAACGUCAGCGCUGGAUGGAUUGAACAGACCGGCUUGCGAUCAGCACUUUUUGAGCUGGUCAGUACAGCAACACUGGACUACAACAAAACAACAUAUAUCUACUACUCCUCUGAUUCUGUAAAUGUUGCACCUGUUGGCAAGAUUAAUACCCAGGUGGAGCUGUAUGAGGAAAAGUUCCCACUUAAGGAGACAAUCGGAGGUGUUGUAGGAGGGAUUGUGAUUUUGGCUCUUAUCACUGCUGUUCUCUACAAGGCUGGGUUCUUCAAAAGCAACUAUAAGAAGAUGUUGGAGGAAGCAGGAGCCGGAGCAGAAGCCGAUGGAGCCGGAGACAACUUAGGGGCAGAGUGAAGAGUGAUCGCUCUGCUUUACACUUAACACUGCAGAUUUAUUAUUGUAAUAUAAAGUGUCAGAGUCAGGUGUUCCUAACCCUAAUUCUCCUGAAAUAUUUCAGGACAGUACACAAUGCUAUUCUAAAAAUCUAUGCUAAAAAUCAAACCAAUUUCCAUUUUUGUGGUCAAAUGGAAAUUCUCAGAGAAUGAGAAAACCUGCUUAGAGCUAUAGUGUUAACUUUCUCUUACAGUUGCUGCACCUUGGAGUGAUUUUUGGCAAGCUUGCAGUACACAGUAUGAUGUUUGGCAUGCUGUAUUCACCAACAUGUGUAUUUUAUUAUUAUUUCUUGUAACUAAGUGCUUUCUGCUUAUCAGAUCUGAUGACAAUGAUGUGUGCCUGUUGUUACAUGUAGACAGACGUCACCUUUUUAUACUGCAGAUACGGAAAUGUAGAACAUAUCAGAGGUACAUAUGAACUUUAGUUACUAAAAUGUGUUCACACCUUAACUAUACUUUGUUGUAUUUUUCAGACAUGCUAAACACAAAGCCUAAUGUGUGGCGAUGGAAAAAAACAAAAUAAAUAUUUUUUUUUGAAUGGA